UAGAUUUAAGGUGCACAAUAUUUCUUCAUUUCUGCAUUGUCGUUUAAACUAAAUGAAUCCUCUAGAACUGACAUCAAAGGCGCCAAACCAAAAGUAAUAAUUACACAAUCAGUUUCUGUUACUUUUGAUUCGGCUCUAUUAGCCUCAAGACUUUUCGGCGUGACCUAUUCAUCGAGUUACGACUGAUGACAAAUAAUGCCGAAAUUCGGCGCUAAUGAUCUGAAAGAUCUCGAGUCCUACGAGCGGUUACAUCAUGAGUGAACGUUUCUCCGUCAUCUCCGUAUCUCCGCAAUAUAUCGAAUUACACAACCGUUUUCGACUCUUAACCCACGCCAAAGUUUUCUGCGUGUAAUAUAAAGAAAAAGAAACAGCUAACUUAUUGGAAUCAUCCACUGGUGUAAAAGAGAACGAAAGGAUCCAAAGAUCACGAUUGGCGUGGCACGAUUGCAAUAAAUAGAAAGCACCUUCUUCGUCCGAGAAAACCGGCGUGAACCUGCGAAUCCUAAAUCCGGAUUGGUCGACGAUUCGUGUGGGAUCUCGUGGAAACCCUUAUAGAUCAACGAAGCGGAUUCGCGAUACAAUUCUGUGACGAUCCAUGUUGAAACUCGGAGCAGCCAGCUAUAAGCAACUCUAUUUCGACAGGUGUUAAAAAAAUGUUUUGGUGCUGCGGUUUCCUGAGCUUUCUUCUUCUACUUAGUGAUGUGUACGGCGAUAUUUCGAAGAGCAGAGUACGACGCCAAAAUGGUCAACCUGCCCAAAAUGGUCAACUGAUUGAUAACAUUUUUAACAUUCCAAUUACAGCAAUCAGACAAACCGCAUCCGUCGUCCAAGCUUUUUCACCAGAGAACACGGAGACGAUAAGCAAUAUCGUUAAGAUCCCCGUUUCAACCCUGGAAGCUGUCGGCACACUUGUAAAAAAUACCAGGGAGCAAAGACAAAACCCAGAAAAUAUUUUAACUCGUCAAGAGAGGAGAGAACGCAUUUUAGCUAUAAAGGAACAGAAAAGAAAGCGAAAGGAAGAAAUCCAAAAUCAACGAUUGCAAGAGCAAUUGAAGAGACCCGUUAGACAUUAUCACAAGGAUCCGCUUGGAUUAAAUGCAUUGAGCAAUCUUCUGAUUGGACAUCACAGUGGACUUUUCGGCCAUCAUUCUGGAUUGGGUGGCAUCCAUGGGAUUCACGGAGGUCAUCACCAUGGUCACGGCCAUCACGGAGGUCAUCAUGGUCAAGGAAUUCUUGGCAGUCAUGGACAUCGUCCGCAACAUACCUAUGAGGUCCACGAAGAUAUUAAUGAAGAUACAACUUUUUCCUGGCACGGUUUAACCGCUGGAUUUGGCACUUUCUAUGGAACUCGACCUUCUAGCACCUCUUUUAAAAUUGAGAAUAAAAUCGCUCCUAAAGACAAGAAUCAGAAGAUUUCUAAAUAUCCAAAUGAUGACGCGAAUUUACAAAACAAAACUGUAAAAGUUACAAAUAAGCCAGUAUACGAAUACGACGAUCCGCCGCUGGAAAAUAAAAUUGCACCCAGAAAUGGAAGAGUGACAUUUAUGCAAUAAUGAUGUAAAUAUGUAAUAAUAUGAAAUAAUUAAAUUAGAUAUAAUUUUUAUCUGGAAUUAUCGUUUAUAUAUCGCUUUGCCUAUU